AUGUAUAUGAAUAAAAUCACCGACCCGCCCAUUUUUUCCUUGAAGGAUCCCUUCAGUUUUACAGUCUUGUUUUACAUAUUUAAGUUAUACUAUCCCCGUUUCAUCACGGAACAAUCUGAUAUGCACCAAAAGCAACACCAAUGCAUGUACAUCGAAUUAUUGGACUCACUGCAGAAGAAUGUAGACGAAGCAACAAUUAUCUCUAGAGAAGUAGAACACCGAAUGUCAAGACGAACUUUUAAUAUUCGAAGAAAAUUUACAGACAGGAAAAAACUGGAAAAAGAAAAAAUCGGCCGACUGCGAACUCUUGUCCUCAGGGCGUGGAGGGUACUAAACUACGCAUGA